AUGGCUGCAGCACCAAAAUCUGUCUUAGUGUGUGCAGUGUUGGUGGUCUUGGUUGUGGCAGAUUUGAGCCUCAUGGCUAGGGCACAGAGCAAUGCCUGCACAAACGAGUUGAGCAACCUGAAUGUUUGUGCACCAUUUGUGGUGCCUGGUGCAGCCACCAAACCAAGUGCUCCAUGCUGCAACGCCCUUCAAGCUGUGGAUCGUCAGUGCCUCUGCAACACCCUCAGGAUUGCUUCUCAACUUCCUUCUCAGUGUCAACUACAAUCCCUUGCUUGUGUUUAG